CGAUACGGCAAUUUCUUCGCCAACAGCGGCCAGCCGAUCGGCGGUACAAGUCGCUACUCUUCAGUGCUGGGCCUUCUCAGCAAGUCAUCGAAGUUGAACAAAGAAAAUUGGUUAUAUUCUAGGCUCUUUCCCGCCCUUUAUUAGCUACACGAUGCGAGCAUUAUUGCCCUGGAUGAAAUGGCUACUUUUCUCUUGCCUUAUGGUGGCCGUCUGCGCCAGAGAAAAGAUUCGAAUGAGAGAUGGAAAGGAGUGCAAGGGUGAACUGUACAUUCCAUUUAAGCCGUGUAUGAGAUACUGCCGAGUGAAAUGGAUUUUAUUCUUGCCCAGCUAUAAACAAGUAGAAGUUGAAGACGGAACUCCGUGCAAGAGGCUGCUCGUUUUGAAAGGCGUUUGUUCUCAUGGAAAAUGCGUAAAACCAGAAAAAAAGGUCACGAAGGCACCCGUGCUCAACUUCACGGAUAUAAUGAUGACUGCCGAGGCAACGACCACCACGCCGGCCCCUCUGAGAGAAGACUGAAGCGACGACCAGCGCAGGACGCGCGUGGUCCAUGCAUUUCGAUGGCAAUAAAGAACAUCGGCAUCAAUGA